CCAUCGUCCGUGUGCGUUUUCCAUCAUGGAUUCGCUUUUCUUUUGUCCCUAGCAUUGUCACCCAUUUCAUGCAUCGUAUCAGUCCAUGUUUCAUUAAUUCCGGCUCAAUUUCCCCCAAGCGCCAACCUAAGUCUGCAUGAGCACCAUAACAGCCUUGUUCUCCCGUCUUCCACCCAAUGGAGCAGCUGAACAUGCUUUUUCUUUUUAGAUGAGCAAUACCGAAUGUUCCUCGGCUGCUUGGCUCACACUGCUUUCUUCUCGAAUCACUGCCCUGCACAGACAUGUGCCCUCGAAUAUUUCAAUUGAACCUUGGUUAUCUACCUUCUCGAAUUGUCUAUGUCUCCGUGACAUUCCCGGUCUUUGACGUCCCUCAACGGGUCCUUCAAUAUCAAUGAUCGUCACCGAAGGGUUCCAGUGUAUCAUCGCGUUAUGUUUGUCUUGAUUCCCUGCAGACCUCAUGCAUAGAGCAUUGGAUCCGCUCCGUGGUAUCAGGGAAGACUUCCACCAUGAUAUACAUAUAUAAGCACAGGGCAAUAUCACGGUCUCUACCUCCCCAUUGCCAGCACAACCGCCAUUCUUUUGUAGUUUUUAUUCAAAAACGUCCAUUCUUUUCCUCCAUCAACCAUGCAUUCUCUUACGGUUGCGCUGGCACUCUCUGCCCUGGCAUCGACUUCGCUGGCGAAGCCCAUACCCGCCCCUGAGGCCUCAGUCAACACAAAGAAAGGUUUCACUGUCAAUCAAGGUCCCGCAAAGCCUUACCAGGCCGGUCCUGUUCAGCUGUUGAAGACCUACAACAAGUACAAUAAGCCUGCCCCUGCCGAUGUCAGCAACGCUGCAACUAGUAAUGGCUCUGUCACUGCUACUCCUGAGCAAUACGAUGCCGAAUAUCUUUGCCCUGUCUCCAUUGGUGGUCAGACCUUGAAUUUGGAUUUUGAUACAGGGUCCAGCGACUUGUGGGUUUUCUCCUCUGAGCUGUCAAGCUCUCAGAGCCGUGGUCACAGUAUUUAUGAUCCAACCAAAUCUUCCACGUCGAAGGAACUUUCUGGGGCCACUUGGAACAUCAGCUACGGCGAUGGCUCUGGCGCCAGUGGCAAUGUUUACACCGAUACUGUCGAUGUCGGAGGCACUACCGUUACGAGCCAAGCUGUUGAAUUGGCGGAGACAAUUAGUGCGCAAUUCCAGCAGGACCAAGACAACGAUGGCUUGCUGGGUUUGGCUUUCAGCUCGAUCAACACAGUCAAGCCUCAGCAACAAACCACUUUCUUCGACACGGCCAUUAAAGAAGGUGUUCUUGAAGCAAAUGUCUUCACUGCCGACUUGAAGAAGGGCGCUCCUGGCUCUUACGACUUUGGCUUCAUUGAUAGCAGCAAAUAUACUGGCGACAUCACCUACACAGCCGUGAACAAUGGCCAAGGAUUCUGGGAGUUUACUGGCACCGGUUAUGGUGUUGGAAAUGGCCAAUUCCAGUCCAGCAGCAUCGAUGCGAUCGCUGACACGGGCACCACUUUGAUCCUCGUCGACGAUGACAUUGUCUCUGCAUACUAUGGUGAGGUCAACGGUGCUCAGUAUGAUAACAGCCAAGGUGGCUAUACCUUUGAUUGUUCAUCCGAUCUUCCCGACUUCAUCUUGGGCAUUGAGAAUACUAAGUUCACCGUCCCUGGAUCCUUUGUCAACUUUGCCCCUAUCACCGACGGCUCCUCAACAUGCUUCGGAGGCAUCCAGAGCAACCAGGGGUUGGGCCUUUCCAUCUAUGGAGAUGUUUUCCUCAAGGCUGUCUUUGCCAUCUUUGACAACGACAACCUUCAGCUUGGAUUUGCGAACAAGGGUCUGUAGAAGACGAGUUCUCUCUGAAUUCCUUGACCCUUAGACUCUGCUUGGGCUGGGUCCAGCUGUCGUAGCGUUGGCAGAUGCUGCGACCUACAUGCACAUGAGGGUAGGAGCAGCUAUUGUGGGGGGUUUUCAACUUUCCAAGUAUAUAUCCGCGGUGCAGAAAGAAUACGCAAAUAGUAAGGAUUAAAAUGGGAAUCAUGUUAUCAUCACUCUGCUAUCAUAAGACGAAUAGAAAUGGGAUUGUUGAAAGAGUUGAUAGAUGAUGAAUUCAAGCUGUUGUUCGAG